UGCAGCAGUCCCACCGCAGAGGUUCUCAUGUUAAUACGUUAAUCGGAUUCUAGUUAGUACAUAUAUUAAGAGUAAUUAAAACUGCGUCAUGAGGUGGAAAACUCUGCCAUGUUUGUUAUUGCUUAUUUCAAGCAAUGAAAUCUUGGGUUUUAAGAUCCCCAGUAUUGAUUUUGAAAUGCUAAAGAACGAAGGAUUCGAGGUGUCCAUACCAGAUGAGCCUGGCAUACAGCGGGUUUUCUACAUGUUCCAAAUAGACGACACUUGUCCGGCUCUAAUGGACUACAUCACGGAGGCAGUGAACGGAAGUUGGGUCUCCAAGCAAAAGAUGAGUCUGCAGAACAACGACAAGCUGCAGAUAUCAAUGCUGGUGCAGUUCAAUGAGGAAAUCUUCGAAAAGAGUGAAACCAGGGUGAUCAUAAACACCCGGCUGCUGACCACCAAAGACUCCAGCUCGCGAAGCAUAACCUUCCUUACAGAAGAGGGUGAGUGCCAGGCAUACCUAUCUCCUGCACAGCAAGCCAAACGCUGCAAGCCCGCCCAAACGAUAGUGAGCAAUGGACGCCACACUUGCCAGGGUGAACUGAUCUUCGAGGACAACUUCUCGGAGGCGCAGCUGAACAAGACCACCUGGAAGCAUGACAUCCGACAGCGCAUGUACCACGUGGAGGAGGAGCUGGUAGCCUUCGACGAUGCUGCACGCAACUGCUUUGUGAAGGAAGGAGAACUACACAUCGUUCCCACUAUCGCCACCGAGGUCACCGAUGGCAGCUUCAAGCUGGGAGAUCGCUGUACGGCCGUCGAAAGUCCGGAGCAGGAAUGCAACAUUGCGCACGGCAUCUUUUAUAGCAUCAAGCCUCCAGUUUUCUCCGCCCAAAUUCACACCAGAAACUCUUUCAGUUUCAAAUUUGGCAAAAUCGUCGUGCGGGCCAAGUUGCCCAAGGGGGAUUGGCUUUUCCCCUAUCUGAUGCUCCAACCGGUUUCCACUUACGCGGAGACCCACUAUGCCAAACAACUGAGAAUUGCAUAUGCCCGAGGUAAUGCCAAUUUGAGGACGAAACAAGGAGAUGAUAUUUCCGGGAACCACUUAUAUGGCGGCGGUGUGGUUUGGCACCACGGGAAUGCAGUGCAGUUCCUCAAGGACAAGAUAAGCAACAGCCACUACGGGGACGACUUUCACAACUACACCAUGAUCUGGCAGAGGGAUAAGAUUACCCUGAUGGUGGACGAGGAGGUUUAUGGGGAGCUGUACGACGGACUGCCGUUCUUCAACGAGAAGUGCUUUAUUAUCUUUGGCGUUACGGUGGGCGGCUUCCUGAACUUCGACGAUAGUCUAUUGGCCAAGGAUGUCAAGCCCUAUAAAAACAGGGAACCCCGGGCUGCACUCUCAUUUUGGCAGCACCGCGACGCUUGGGCCCCCACUUGGGGCAGGCACAGCGCCAUGGUCAUAGAUUAUGUUAGGGUUUAUGCGGAGUAGCUGUGGCAAUUGUCACAAAUAUAUAAAUAAAGUACUUAAUCAU